CAGAUUGAGGAUGGCGGCGAGCCCCGCGGGACUGAGGGGCCACCUGGUCUGCUUCCUGGCCCUCCUGUUGCGAGAACUUCCCCGGGCGAGGGCAGAUGGCCUUGUGGAUGUGCUCCAGGCGUUUGGUGUGCGGGAGGGCAAGAAUGGGGUCACCAUCGCUGCUGGCAUCUGCACUCAGAGGAAUGGAUCGGAGGAAACUGACCUGGCCUUCCGCCUGGAGAAUCACACUCAUUUCAUCACCCCCACCAGGCAGCUCUUCCCUGAUGGCCCCUUCCCAGUGGACUUUUCAAUAUUAGCCACAAUGAGAGCACUCAAAGGCAGCCAAUCUUUUUUGUUUUCCCUGCAUGAUGAACGUGGUGUACAGCAGCUUGGUGUAGAGAUUGGACGUUCCCCCGUCUUUCUCUAUGAAGACCAGCUGGGUUUCCCAGCUCCUGAGGAUUAUCCUCAUUUUCACAGAGUCAACUUGGCUGAUGGCAAAUGGCACCGCAUUGCUCUGAGUGUGAAAGGUGAAAGCGUAUCUUUGAACAUCGACUGUGAAGAUGCUAUAACGUUGCCCUUGAAGCGAAGCAAGCAGCCAGUUGUCAGUAUUGAUGGGGUCACCUUGCUUGGGGCACGUCGACCAGAUGAAGACAUUUUUGAGGGUGAUCUCCAACAAUUACUGCUUGUGCCAGAUCCAGCAGCUGCUGCCCAAUAUUGCCAGGAUUACAUGCCUGAUUGCAACAGACAGCUCAUCUACAAAUUGCAGACCCAGGAUGCAGAAGAGAACAUCCCACAGAGGAAGGGAAAGAAGGGCAAAGGCAAAGGAAGGGGCAAGGGCAGGAAGAAAGGUAGAGGCAAGAAGAAGAGAAACAAAGAGUCCCUCGAGAAGUCCUCGCUCAGUCCAACCUCAGGCGAGAAUGAGAUUCCAACAGAUAUUACUCCAAUGAAGGCAGCUACUGAGUUCUGGGGAAAGGAUCCUGAUGCAGAGCUUGGCAUCCUCACUUCUAGCACUAUGACAGCCAACUUCAACCUUACACACAAUUAUGAGGACUUUCUUGGAGAAGAGUAUUUAAUCAAUGAAAAUAGAGACUUGAAUGCCAAUGACACUUACAGAGCAUUUGAUGAGAGACUUGACAAUAAAGAUUAUGAGGACUACUAUGACCGACGAGGGGCCAGUGAAGCAGAGCACUAUGAUCCAGCUGAGCACAUUGAAGCCACCAUCCUACUUCCUGAGCAGCAACCAAAUCUGAAGGGACAGAAAGGGGAGGCAGCGGUCAUCGAACCUGGUAUGGUUUUUGAAGGGCCAGCUGGAUAUCGGGGUCCACAGGGAGAGAUGGGUCCAAUAGGAUCACCAGGGCCACCGGGAUUUCCAGGAGAUCCUGGCGAGCGGGGACCACCAGGCCUCCCAGGCCUUCCAGGAGCUGAUGGGCUACGUGGACCUCCUGGGACAAUGAUCAUGUUGCCAUUCCAGUUUCGUGGUGAUUUACUUAAAGGACCUUCAGUAUCUUUCCAGGAGGCCCAGGCUCAGGCUAUUUUACAGCAAGCCAAGCUUUCCAUGAAAGGGCCUCCUGGCCCAAUGGGACUCACGGGAAGGCCAGGACCACUAGGUCUACCAGGAAAAUCAGGACAAAAAGGGGAUUCGGGUGAUUCCGGACCCCAGGGUCCCCCUGGGAUACAGGGACCAAUUGGACCCCCAGGGAAAAUUGGCAAGAGGGGUCGUUCAGGAGCUGAUGGCGGCAGAGGACUCCCAGGAGAAACAGGACCCAAGGGUGACAGGGGCUUUGAUGGUCUCCCAGGACUCCCUGGAGAAAAGGGAAACAGAGGAGAUAUAGGGAAGCCAGGCCUACCUGGACCUCCUGGAAAUGACGGUUCUAAGGGCUCUGAAGGUGUUCAAGGGCCCAGAGGACAGCCUGGGGAAGCUGGUGUACGUGGUUUGCCAGGCUCGCGAGGUAAUCCUGGUUCUUCCGGACAGACGGGUAUUACUGGUAUUGAUGGUGUUCCUGGACAUAAGGGCAACAUGGGUAUUCCAGGUGAACCAGGCCCACCUGGGCAACAAGGAAACCCAGGAUCUCACGGCUUGCCUGGUCCUCAGGGCCCCAUUGGGCUUCCAGGAGAAAAGGGUCCACCAGGAAAACCAGGAAUACCAGGACUGGCUGGAAUGGAUGGACCUCCGGGUCAUCCUGGAAGAGAAGGGCCAGCUGGAGAGAAAGGAACUCAGGGUCCAUCUGGUGCAGCAGGACCAGUUGGUUACCCAGGUCCACGAGGAGUCAAGGGGGCAUUUGGAAUAAGGGGCCUAAAAGGCAGCAAAGGUGAGAAGGGUGAAGAUGGAUUCCCCGGCUUCAAAGGUGAUAUGGGGCCCAAAGGCGAUUGGGGUGAUGCUGGCCCACUGGGCAUACGGGGUGAAGAUGGCCCCGAGGGGCUGAAAGGACAGGUGGGACCUACUGGGGAAGCAGGUCCUUCUGGCCUAGCUGGUGAGAAGGGCAAAUUGGGUGUGCCAGGGUUGCCAGGUUAUCCUGGCCGCCAAGGACCCAAGGGUUCGACUGGAUUCCCAGGGGCCCUAGGCCUCAUUGGAGAAAAAGGCAAACGAGGAAAAGCUGGUCAGGCAGGGCAGACUGGACAGCGUGGGCCUCCGGGUAUUCCUGGUGAACGUGGUUUGCCAGGACCUACAGGGAAACCGGGAUCAAAGGGUGACUCUGGCCAUGAUGGCUCCCCAGGAAAUGUAGGAGAAAAGGGGCCCAAUGGGCCACAGGGGUCCAAUGGAUUCCCAGGAUCAAAGGGACCGCCAGGUCCUGUAGGAAAAGAUGGUCUACCAGGACAUCCAGGCCAGCGUGGUGAGCCAGGAUUUCAUGGCAAAACUGGCCCACCAGGGCCAACAGGAGUUGUGGGGCCACAGGGAAACACGGGGGAAACUGGUCCUAUGGGGGAGAGAGGCCACCCAGGCUCCCCUGGUCCUUCUGGAGAACAAGGCCUGCCUGGUAUUGCUGGUAGGGAAGGUGCCAAGGGUGAUCCUGGACCUAGUGGCAUCCCAGGCAUUCCAGGUCCUACUGGAAUUAGAGGCUUCACAGGAGCCCGUGGUCCUGUUGGAGAGAAAGGACCAAUUGGGCUGAAAGGAGCAGAAGGGCCACUUGGUCCAGCAGGCUCCAUGGGUCCUCCUGGGGAGCGAGGUCCCUCUGGAGCAGCUGGAGGCAUUGGACUUCCAGGAAGAGGGGGUAAUCCUGGACCACCUGGACCUGCAGGGGAGAAAGGAGCACCGGGUGAUCGAGGACCAAUGGGUCCAUCUGGUCAUGAUGGAAUCCCAGGUCCAGUGGGGCUUCCAGGCCCAGCUGGGCCUCCAGGACUUGCCGGAGAAGACGGUGACAAAGGAGAAAUGGGUAGCCCAGGACAGAAGGGAAGCAAGGGCGAGAAAGGAGAUGCGGGUCCCCCAGGACCAACCGGGAUGCAGGGUCCUAUUGGGCCUCCAGGACUUCCUGGAGCUGAUGGGGAACCUGGGCGCCGAGGGCAGCAGGGCAUGUUUGGCCAAAAAGGAGAUGAAGGUCCCCGCGGUUUUCCAAGUGUCAAUGGCCCACCUGGGUUACAGGGAAUGCCAGGACUCCCAGGUGAGAAGGGCGAAAGUGGUGAAACUGGGCUAAUGGGCCCACCUGGAGCUCCAGGGGCCCGAGGCCCACAAGGUCCCAGUGGUGGAGAUGGCCCACCAGGUCAGCGUGGUGGGGUAGGCCAGCCUGGUGCCGUUGGUGAAAAGGGUGAGCCAGGUGAAGCAGGGGAUCCUGGACCACCAGGGGAGCCAGGCCUACAAGGAGUGAAAGGUGAUGUUGGUGAAAAAGGAGAUUCUGGCCAGUCUGGAGCAGCAGGGCCACCUGGAAAAAAAGGCCCCCUGGGAGAAGAUGGGUCCAAAGGGAACAUGGGUCCGAUAGGAUUCCCUGGUGACCCAGGUCCAACCGGAGAUCCUGGUCCUCCUGGCCUAGAUGGAAUUUCUGGUGAGAAAGGUGAUGUGGGCGAUCCAGGACUUCCGGGUCCACCUGGAGCUUUGGGGGAACCAGGUCCUCCUGGGCCACCAGGGAAGAGGGGACCUUUUGGGCAAGCUGGACGUGAAGGUCGACAGGGUGAGAAAGGGACCAAGGGUGAAUCUGGUAUAGAAGGUCCCUCAGGGAAAAUGGGGCCUGUGGGCCCACAAGGGCCUCCAGGCCAACCUGGUUCAGAAGGUCUGCGUGGAAUUCCUGGUGCAGCAGGUGAACCUGGUCUACUGGGAGCUCCAGGACAGGCAGGGCCCCCAGGUCCCAUGGGUCCUGCGGGGCUCCCUGGUCUCAAAGGUGAUUCUGGCUACAAGGGAGAGAAGGGUCAUGCAGGACUCAUUGGGUUGAUUGGUCCUCCAGGUGAGAUGGGUGAAAAAGGUGACCAGGGGCUGCCAGGGAACCAGGGAACACCAGGCACUAAAGGCGACCCUGGUAACACUGGACCUCAUGGUCCUCCAGGCCCACCUGGAUCUCCCGGCCUCUUAGGCCCUCUGGGACAAAAAGGCAACAAGGGGUCUUUGGGACCUAUUGGACCAAAAGGUGAUCCAGGACCACGAGGGACACCAGGACCACCAGGCCGUCCUGCUGAACUGCAGAAUCCAAUGCCCAUGGGAAGUCGGCGCACAAGCCGCCAAGACUGGGAGGUUGAAGAACAGAGGGAUGCUCCAGUGGAAGGGGGUAUUGAUCCUGAUGCUGAUGGGCUGGCAGAAGUCCUGGCAGCCCUGAGCUCUCUACGCGAUGAGGUGGAGCAAAUGCGAUGCCCACUCGGCACCCUGGAGAGUCCAGCCAGGGUCUGCAAGGAGCUUCAGUUUUGUCAUGCUCAUCUCAAAGAUGGUGAAUACUGGAUUGAUCCAAACCAGGGAUGCAGCCGAGAUGCCUUCAAAGUUUACUGUAAUUUCACAGCUGGUGGAGAAACCUGCUUAUUCCCUGACAAGAAAUUUGAGGCUGUACGACUUGCCGCCUGGAGCAAGGAGCAACCAGGAAGUUGGUUCAGCACUUUCAAAAGGGGCAAAAAGUUCUCCUAUGUGGAUGCAGAUGGCAACCCUGUGCUGGUCACUCAACUCACAUUCCUGCGCCUGCUGAGUGCUGUUGCCCGGCAGAACUUCACCCUCCUCUGCCAAAAUAUGGCUGCUUGGUAUGAAGCUGACACCAGCAACCACAUGAAGGCGCUGCAUUUUCGGGCUUUCAAUGAUGUGGAGUUGAUGCACAACAGCACAGAAACUCCCAUCCAUGCCUUGUAUGAUGGCUGCCAGGUACGUAAAGGACAGGAGCGGACAGUUCUACAAGUAGUGACGCAACAUGUGGAGCAUCUACCAUUGGUUGAUGUGGCUGUUCAAGAUUUUGGAGAAACCAAUCAAAAGUUUGGCUUUGAGCUCGGCCCGGUCUGCUUCAGUGGCUGAGCCCUCCAAAGAUGGACACUCCCUCUAGACCAUGUUGGACCACCUCUAGAAAAGGGAGAACU